UUUUAAGUUUAAAGUAUUGGAAUUUGGUUUAAUUGCUAAAUUUUUGAAAGUCUGUGUGAUGUUAUCAUUCAGUUGUAAAAAUGAGGAUCAUGAAAGAAGUCGCAAAAAUGAUAAAGUUGAGCUGAAAGAAAAAAAAAAAAAAAACUCAAACCAUGAAAGAAGUUGUAUGAAAGAAAUUGCAAAAAUGAUAAAGUUAGACUGAGAAAAAAAAAAUUGAACCAUGAAAGAAGUUGUGGCAGAAUGUUAAGUGAGCUUAAAGGGAGCUGUCAUGUGAAGCAUAAAAACUUUGUUGAGUUAGUGAUAAGAAAGUGUCGAUUAGUUAUGAGUAAGUUUACGAUAGUGGUGUGAGUAAUUUAGCUAUAAUUAAUGGUGGGAUAGUAGUACAAAUAAUUUAGGGAAUGAAUUAAGGUAAUAGUGCGAUAGUGGUGUGAGUAAUUUAAAAAAUAAACUAUAAUUAUGCAUAAUAAUAAGAUAGUAUUACGAGUAAUUUAAAAAAUCAGUUAUAAAUAUAUAAAUAGAUUAUUUCAAGAUUAUGAAUAAAAAUUAUCCGGUUUUAUAUUCUCAAACUUUUCUUUCUUUUUUAGUCUCGUACUCUAUUCUUUCGUUCAUCACUAUCUAUUUCAUCACAGUUUGCCAUGCCAUCGACUAGUUAAUUAAUUUGAGCAAAUAAUUUGCAACCCGGGAUCGAAGUUGAAGUCUAUUUUUUGGAAGUUGGGUGGCACCUGUCAGCAUCAACCAAUUAUUCUUAACCAGCGUUGCCCAAACGCCAGUCAUGUCAAACAGGUGGUUCCCAUUUCCAUUCUACACGUCGCCUUGCUAAAAUGUAAAAACCAAAACCAAAGGCGGCAAGGCUAGGCCAACGACUUGACGUUCUCUCAAACUUCUACCCUUUCUGUCACUCAGGUUCCCGCUUGCCACCUUUUCUGUUUAUUAUUUUCUUUUUCUUGGAGACAGUUAUUGCUUUUUAUAUUUUGCUUUGACAUUCAAGAAUUGGCUGUUUUUGUUGUUUUGGAUAGUGGUGUGAGUAAUUUAGCUAUAAUUAAUGGUGGGAUAGUAGUACAAAUAAUUUAGGGAAUGAAUUAAGGUAAUAGUGCGAUAGUGGUGUGAGUAAUUUAAAAAAUAAACUAUAAUUAUGCAUAAUAAUAAGAUAGUAUUACGAGUAAUUUAAAAAAUCAGUUAUAAAUAUAUAAAUAGAUUAUUUCAAGAUUAUGAAUAAAAAUUAUCCGGUUUUAUAUUCUCAAACUUUUCUUUCUUUUUUAGUCUCGUACUCUAUUCUUUCGUUCAUCACUAUCUAUUUCAUCACAGUUUGCCAUGCCAUCGACUAGUUAAUUAAUUUGAGCAAAUAAUUUGCAACCCGGGAUCGAAGUUGAAGUCUAUUUUUUGGAAGUUGGGUGGCACCUGUCAGCAUCAACCAAUUAUUCUUAACCAGCGUUGCCCAAACGCCAGUCAUGUCAAACAGGUGGUUCCCAUUUCCAUUCUACACGUCGCCUUGCUAAAAUGUAAAAACCAAAACCAAAGGCGGCAAGGCUAGGCCAACGACUUGACGUUCUCUCAAACUUCUACCCUUUCUGUCACUCAGAAAAGAAAACACUGUACUCUGUCAAAUUUGCACAAAAUUGCAAGCCAGGAUGGAGCAUGAACCAGUUGAAGUCUCACAUGAAAAAGGGGAAGGCAGAACAAGGAACGAAGCAACUGAAUCCACUAAUUCUGAGGUUUCUGUGGAAGAUGCUUCUAAAGUGGUGUCAAGUUCUCCACUAAAGGAUGCACAGGUUAAUGCAAUUGAUUGGAAAGGCGGGGAAAUAGAUGGCGAAACUUUGGAAAAUGUGGAAACCUCUGGAGAAGUAAACAUGGAGGUUUCUAUAACAGCUGAGGAUGUUAUUCGGGCUGGGGGCUUUGGAGCAAGGGAUGACAUAAGUAGUUUUCUUCCUGUUGCAAGUGACUGGACCGACUUUGAAGCUUCAAUUCGUGAUGCCAGAGACUAUGAAGAACCUCAGGGAGAUGUAUGCAGGCCAGGUCUUGGCUGGAGAGAAGCAUCAGAAAGGAAAUAGCUCUGUUUACAUUUUCAUAUAAUAGACUCUGUGGUUUGGAUUUAUUUAUUUAGUGAUUUGUUGUUUAUGGCAGCAUUACCUGGUAUCUUGAAGGAAGAGAGGAUGUUGCACCGCAUGAUUAUGUCAAGACAAUAUGUAAGGCUCUGUAUAACAUGCUUAAAAUGCCCUUUGUGAGGCUAUAUUAUAACUUCUUUGUACAAGGAAUGUUGUGAUUGCUUAACAUUUCAAUUCAUCAACAAAAUUGUCCAAACCAACCGCUCUCCUAUCUUGCUUAGGGUGUUGUAGAUUCUGAUUAGCAAGCGGAAUUUUUGAUUGGUCCUAAUUUAUAGAUUCAGGCAGAACGCUCUUUAUUACUUUAGUGCCCGGUGUUUAAUAUAU